UCGUUGCUUCUUGUCCCUGUCACUCAUGUAGUACAUACCCAAACCCUGCUCAACUAAAAGGAAUUGCAGGAAAUUGCUCGCCGCGUUCGCUUUGUAACCGCUCGAGCCGUGUAAUCUAUCUAUCUAUCUAUUCUUUGAUCCAUGGGAAUUCGCUCGGCGCUUUUUCUAGAUGACUCCUGGUUAUUAUAGCGCCGUUAUGCAUACCUCCUGCUCUUGGUUCAAUUGUCGUGGGUUACAACUCUCAACGAUCUAGAUCUUCCCGGCCACGAUAUCUCCUCAAUUCAGUGCCAUCGUGUGAAGACAUUUUGAUCACGAGGCCGUCGUCAUACUCGGUGUCAGGUAGUACAUACAUUGACUGGCCUUCGUCGUUCUAAAUCACCCUCCUCCAUCAUCCCUCUCUUUUUCCCGGCUUCUAAUGACAGAUUCGAGUGGUCCUACGAUGGAGGUCCUCGCAGGCGCCACCGGGAUCACUAUCGACAGAAGUCACUUUUCGAACGUUGGAAGAGAUCAGUACAACUACUAUACAACCUAUCAGACUAUCGUUCAGCCUCGCGAGAGGAGGAGGAGAAUUGAAAAGGACACGUUAGAGCUCUCCCAGUUCACUGAAAUCAAACAUGGCGAUAUAUACAAGGACAAGGAUGUUUGCUAUUCUUGGCGGUUGUGCUCGAAUGGGAAAGACGCGACCGAGGCUGCCGUUUACAUCGCACAAAUCAUGAUAGCUGGUAGCUUUGGAGAGAGCAAGUUUACGGUCAAGACAUAUCGCGGACGAAAUGCGAUGAAGGAAUGGCGACGAGAUUUUCGACGCUCUUCCAAGGAUUGGUGCGGGGAUGUCCCUCUCUUCGGGUAUAACAAGUCGUCGGUUCCUCUGUUGAUAUUUCAUGGAGAACUUGUACCUCUUUCACAUGUCGAUGUCGAACUAGGGGACUUGGGGAUGUUUUACAUUGAGAUACUAAAGAACAGCUUGGGAUGUUCAAGGAACGAGCUGUGGAUGGAUCCCACCAAAGGGAGAUUCUGUCGCGGUCCAAUUGGGCCUCAAUGUCGCGCUUGGCGCGAAGAUGAUGUCAACAUCACAGUUCCCUCCGACGUAGAUUGCCUCAAAGAAGAUAACCUCAUCCGAUACUUCUCUAACAGAAAACACGAUUGGGGAUUUUUUUGGGCAGUUAGUUAUAGUGCUUGUCAUUUUCAAAAACUUGAAGUUAUUCUUGGGCCCACAAACAAUCAAAUACAGCUCAUUUCAGGUUUGACCAAUUCGACGAUUGCUUUCACACAGAUCCUACGCUGGUGGAGUCGAGAGGGUUGCCUCUGCGAUGGCCAAGUGAUGUCCGAUGGAGCAACAAGAUUUCGCCUCAGAAGCGAGCCACGCUUGAUAGAGAUCUUCUCUGAUGGUGAACGAAACAUAUGGCUUUCACAAGCGUGGAGCGUUUUUGAUGCUCUCAACAUCUCGUUGGAAGAGAACCUUUCCACUUAUAAACUUGCCUACCCUUUUGUGAGGCUCAAGGGCGCACUCCAAAACUCCAAACGGAAACGAGAAAGACGCCAACUUUGUGCACCAAUUUAUUUGUUUCUGAUUCCCGACCCCUCCGAGCAUUUCUAUCACUGGUCGUUUGACCUGACUGGCCAGAAUCCGUUCUCGUCAGACAAGUGCAAAUAUCUCGGCCUUCCUUUCAAGCUUUCCGUCGUCAUGUAUCGUUUUGAACGUUCCUGGCCCACCAAGGUCUACAAAGCCGUUCGUGAUUUUCAAAUUGUGAGGGGGUUUGACCCUAAAACCCCGGAAUUUGCACGAUAUCUUGGAUGGCCCGUCUUUGAAAUUGUCGCGCCCUCUGAGAACCGUUUUCAGGAACUGGAAACAGGUAUGAUAUUCGUCGGGUUCCUUUGCGACUACAGUAGCCAUCUGCUGAUACAUUGUCUGCCUUUUGUGGGCAGAAGAGACCGAGAUCCUCUGUAGGCUAGAAACUCCGUCGCUAACGGACAACAGCGGACAAGAAGAAUCGAAAGGAUUCGGCUGUCCAGACGACUUGCUCAAUCCUACGAAUUCCGAUUCGGCGUCCGCCCAACAAGUAGGCACCAUGCGCUCGCUGUUGGGCGGACUGUUUGUCCCGUUCUCGUGGGAAGCGAUCGAAGGUUCAGAAAUCCCCGCUUUAGCAAUCUAGGAACCAGACUGUACGCCGAAUUGAGACUCAGAGAAUGCGAGUAUAACUGUAGUUUUAUAUUGAACGUGUUUUGUUGUAUUAGCUGAUAGGGAUAAUGUACAGCUUGGACGGUGCGCCG